GAGGAGGAGGAGGCCCGGUUGCGGCCUCCGCCGCCGCCAACGGGGCUGUCCCUGUAGCUCCCGAUGGAGUUUGAAGCCGUGAAACCGCCGCCGAGCUCUGCCCCGGCGAGACGAGGCGCUUCUGUCGCCGAGCCGCGCCGUCGCGGGGCUCCCGGGAGCGGCCCUUAGCGACCCCGCCCGGGCCCCCACAGCUUACAAAACACUACACAGCAAAAUAAUGACCUGCUAGACUGCUAACCCAAGCAUCCAGCUUCCACAAUGCCUGUGCAGGCAGCUCAAUGGACAGAAUUUCUGUCCUGUCCAAUCUGCUAUAAUGAAUUUGAUGAGAAUGUGCACAAACCCAUCAGUUUAGGUUGUUCACACACUGUUUGCAAGACCUGCUUGAAUAAACUUCACCGAAAAGCUUGUCCUUUUGACCAGACUGCCAUCAACACAGACAUUGAUGUGCUUCCUGUCAACUUUGCACUUCUCCAGUUAGUUGGAGCCCAGGUACCAGACCAUCAGUCAGUAAAGUUAAGUAAUGUAGGGGAGAGCAAGCACUACGAAGUUGCAAAGAAGUGUGUUGAGGAUUUGGCGCUCUACUUAAAACCGCUCAGUGGGGGUAAAGGUGUAGCUAGUUUGAACCAGAGUGCACUGAGCCGUCCAAUGCAAAGGAAACUGGUGACACUUGUAAAUUGUCAACUGGUAGAGGAAGAAGGUCGUGUAAGAGCCAUGCGAGCAGCCCGUUCACUUGGAGAAAGAACUGUAACGGAACUAAUAUUACAGCACCAGAACCCUCAACAAUUGUCUGCCAACUUAUGGGCUGCUGUCAGGGCUCGAGGAUGCCAGUUUCUAGGGCCAGCUAUGCAAGAAGAGGCCUUGAAGCUGGUGUUGCUGGCAUUAGAAGAUGGUUCUGCUCUCUCAAGGAAAGUUCUGGUACUUUUUGUUGUGCAAAGACUAGAACCAAGAUUUCCUCAGGCAUCAAAAACAAGUAUUGGUCAUGUUGUGCAACUACUGUAUCGAGCUUCUUGUUUUAAGGUUACCAAAAGGGAUGAAGACUCUUCUCUGAUGCAGCUAAAGGAGGAAUUUCGGAGCUAUGAGGCAUUACGCAGAGAACACGAUGCCCAAAUUGUUCAUAUUGCUAUGGAAGCAGGACUCCGGAUUUCACCCGAGCAGUGGUCCUCACUUCUAUAUGGUGACUUGGCGCAUAAAUCACACAUGCAGUCUAUUAUUGAUAAGCUGCAAUCUCCAGAAUCAUUUGCAAAGAGUGUCCAGGAAUUGACAAUUGUUUUGCAACGAACAGGUGACCCAGCUAACUUAAAUAGACUGAGGCCUCAUUUAGAGCUUCUUGCAAACAUAGACCCCAAUCCAGAUGCUGUUUCACCAACUUGGGAGCAGCUAGAAAAUGCAAUGGUAGCUGUUAAAACAGUUGUUCAUGGCCUUGUGGACUUCAUACAGAAUUAUAGUAGAAAAGGCCAUGAGACACCUCAGCCCCAGCCAAACAGCAAAUAUAAGACUAGCAUGUGCCGAGAUCUAAGACAGCAAGGAGGGUGUCCACGAGGAACAAAUUGUACUUUUGCCCAUUCUCAGGAAGAGCUUGAAAAGUAUCGUUUGAGGAACAAAAAGAUCAAUGCAACUGUAAGAACGUUUCCUCUUCUAAAUAAAGUUGGUGUAAACAACACUGUCACAACCACAGCCGGAAAUGUCAUUUCUGUCAUAGGAAGUACUGAAACAACGGGGAAAAUUGUUCCAAGUACAAACGGAAUUUCCAAUGCAGAAAACAGUGUUUCCCAGCUAAUCCCACGUAAUGCUGACAGUGCAUUAAGAGCUCUGGAGACUGUGAAGAAAGUGGGGAAGGUUGGCACUAAUGGUCAGAAUGCUGCUGGGCCUUCUUCAGAGGCUGUGACUGAAAAUAAAAUUGGUUCUCCACCCAAGACUCCUGUAAGUAAUGUAGUGGCUACCUCAGCUGGGCCUUCUAAUAUUGGAACAGAGCUGAAUUCUGUGCCUCCAAAAUCCAGCCCAUUUAUAACUAGAGUACCAGUAUAUCCUCAGCAUUCUGAAAGCAUUCAGUAUUUUCAAGAUCCAAGGACUCAGAUACCCUUUGAAGUCCCACAGUACCCACAGACAGGAUACUACCCACCACCUCCAACGGUACCAGCUGGUGUGGCUCCCUGUGUUCCUCGCUUUGUGAGGCCCAGUAAUGUUCCAGAGUCCUCCCUCCCACCUGCUUCCAUGCCAUAUGCCGAUCAUUACAGUACAUUUUCCCCUCGAGAUCGAAUGAAUUCUCCUUACCAACCCCCUCCUCCGCAGCCAUAUGGACCAGUUCCUCCAGUACCUUCUGGAAUGUAUGCUCCUGUGUACGACAGCAGGCGCAUCUGGCGUCCACCUAUGUACCAACGAGAUGACAUUAUUAGAAGUAAUUCUUUACCUCCAAUGGAUGUGAUGCACUCGUCUGUCUAUCAGACGUCUUUGCGAGAAAGAUAUAACUCCUUAGAUGGGUAUUAUUCAGUGGCUUGUCAGCAACCAAGUGAACCAAGGACAACUGUGCCUUUACCAAGGGAACCUUGUGGUCAUUUGAAGACCAGUUGCGAGGAACAAAUAAGAAGAAAGCCAGAACAGUGGGCACAGUACCACACUCAGAAAGCACCUCUUGUCUCUUCAACUCUUCCUGUGGCAACACAGUCUCCAACGCCACCUUCUCCUCUGUUCAGUGUAGACUUUCGCACUGAUCUCUCUGAGAGUGUGAGCGGAACAAAGUUUGAAGAAGAUCAUCUUUCCCAUUAUUCUCCCUGGUCUUGCGGCACCAUAGGCUCCUAUAUGAACGCCAUUGAGUCAGAGCCCAGAGACGUGAUUGCUAAUUCCAGUGCUGUGUUAAUGGACCUAGACAGUGGAGAUGUUAAGAGAAGAGUACAUUUAUUUGAAACUCAGAGAAGGACAAAAGAAGAAGACCCGAUAAUUCCUUUUAGUGAUGGACCUAUCAUCUCAAAAUGGGGUGCAAUUUCCAGAUCUUCCCGCACAGGUUACCAUACCACGGAUCCUGUCCAGGCCACUGCUUCCCAAGGAAGUGCGACUAAGCCUAUCAGUGUAUCAGACUAUGUCCCUUACGUCAACGCCGUUGAUUCAAGGUGGAGCUCUUAUGGUAGCGAGUCCGCAUCGUCAGCACACUAUACUGAACGGGACAGAUUCAUUAUUACUGAUUUAUCUUAUCAUAGAAAGCAUUCCAGUACUGGAGACCUUUUAAGCAUUGAACUUCAGCAGGCCAAGAGUAACUCAUUGCUUCUUCAGAGGGAAGCCAAUGCUCUGGCUAUGCAACAGAAGUGGAAUUCCCUGGAUGAAGGCCGUCACCUUACCUUAAAUCUUCUAAGCAAGGAAAUUGAAUUGAGAAAUGGAGAGGGUGAUUAUACAGAAGAUGCAGCUGAUACUAAGCCUGAUAGAGAUAUUGAGUUAGAGCUUUCUGCACUUGACACUGAUGAACCUGAUGGACAGAGUGAACAAAUUGAAGAGAUCCUGGACAUACAGCUUGGUAUCAGUUCUCAAAAUGAUCCGUUGCUGAAUGGAACAGCAGUGGAAAAUGGGCAUCCAGUCCAACAGCACCAAAAGGAGCCACUAGAGCAGAAGAGACAGAGUUUAGGUGAAGACCAUGUGAUUCUGGAGGAGCAAAAAACAAUUCUGCCGGUAACUUCUUGCUUUAGCCAGCCACUUCCAGUGUCCAUUAGCAGUGCAAGUUGCCUCCCCAUCACCACAUCUGUCAGCGUUGGCAACCUCAUUCUGAAAACUCAUGUUAUGUCUGAAGAUAAAAAUGACUUUUUAAAACCUGUUGUUGCAAAUGGGAAGAUGGUUAACAGCUGAAAGGAGAUUCAUCUUUCAAAUUUGUGACCAUACCAUGGAAGCAUUUACACUAGCUUUUUAUAUAUAUAAUAUAUAUUAUAUAAUGUAUAUUUUUUUUAAAAAAAAGAUAUUACUGGGGGCAUCCAGUUCCUGUGGACUCUUUGAUACUUCAAGCCCUCUUGCAUUAGCAUUAUGAAAAAAAAAAAAAAAAAAAAA